AUGGGUAGAGCUUUGGAUAUCCCCCGAACAACUAUUGUGAUCAUCCUGAAAGACAAGGCAAGAAUUCAGGAGCAUGUUAAGGACUCAGCUCCUAUGCACUCAACUGCGAUAACUAAGCAGUGUGUUGGACUUAUUGCUCAGGCUGAGAAACUGUUAAUCAUUUGGCUAGAGGAUCAAAAUAAAUGCUGUGCUCCUGUGAGUUUAGGUAUAAUUCAGGAAAAGGCUAGGAGUCCUUAUGAUGAUCUAAAGAAACAACAUGGGGAGAGUUCUAACACUGAGCCUUUUACUGCAAGUAAGGUGUGGUUUAUGUAUUUUAAAGCCAGAGCCAAUUUACAUAACAUCAAGGUCUCGGGUGAAGCUGCCAGUGCUGAUGAAGAGGCAGCUCAUGCUUUUCCUGAGACAUUGGCUGAAAUAAUUGAAGAAAAUGGCUAUUGUGCUCAGCAAGUUUUUAAUGUUGAUGAAACUGGAUUCUUUUGGGAAAAAAUGCCAUCGAGAACCUACAUUGCCAAAGAGGAGGAAUCCAUGCCAGAGUACAAGGCUGCUAAAGAUAGGCUCACUCUUUUGCUUGGGACCAAUGCUGCAGGUGACUUUAAACUUAAACCUUUACUUGUGUACUGUUCAGAAAACCCCAGAGCUUUGAAGAAACAUUCCAAGGCAUUUCUCCCAGUGAUGUGGAAAUCCAAAUCUAAGGCAUGGGUCAAUAAGAACAUUUUUGAGGAUUGGUUUAAUCAUAAUUUUGUGCCAGGUGUCAGGGAUUAUUGCAUCAAAAACAAUCUUGCAUUUAAAGCAUUGUUAAUCCUCGACAAUGCUCCUGGUCAUCCAACCAUCCUUGAUGACAUGCAUCCUGACAUCAAAGUGGUGUUUCUGCCCCACAACACCACCUCAUUGUUGCAACCUAUGGACCAGGGAGUAAUUGCAUCCUUCAAGGCCUACUAUCUUAGGUGCACAUUUGCCCAGGCCAUCAGAGCAAGUGAGAAGGAGUGUGGACCAACUCUGAAGAAAUUCUGGAAGGGCUUCAACAUUUACCAUGCAGUUAAGAACAUUGGCUUUACAGACACUGUUGAAGAGGUGACCAAAAAUGUUGCUGAAAUGGGCAAAGAACUCAACGUAGACGUUGCACCAGAAGAUGUUGAUGAAUUGCUGGCAUCCCAUUCUGAAGAAUUAACCAAUGAGGACCUAUUUGAAUUGGAACAGCAAAAAGUGGCAGAGGAAGAAGAUGUACCCACUGUUGAAGAGACUAGUCCUCAUAAAGUCUUGACAACAAAAGUGUUGGCUGAGGCAUUUCAACAUUUGGAAGCUGCUAUGUCCCUGUUUGAGGAACAUGACCCCGACAUUGAAUGCAGUGCAUCAAAGUUCAAGCUAUCACAGAAGAUGUGGGAAAGCAAACAUUAUAACAGUACAGGCUGCACUCAAAAGGAAUGA